GUGACAGUCUCCUUGUUUGAAUUUUUAAAACACGUUACAGUCUGUUCAAUUUUUGAACUUGCCUCACACACACAAUCAAAAAUUUUAAACUCACAUGUGUUUUUGGCUCAGAAAUAACAAAAACUGAAAUUUUUAAGUUUUUAAUAGUUAAUUAAACAUAAAGUGAUUAAAUCAUGGAUGGCGAUAGUGAGAAAAUGGAAAUGGAUGUAAUCAACGAAGAUGAAAUUGAGGAAUCAGACGAUGAUAACGAAAAUGAAGAUCAGGAAGUUUAUUUACCAAAUCGCAAAUUACAGGACGAUGAAGAACUUGUUUGCGAUGAAUCUGCAUAUAUUAUGCUUCACAGUGCAUCGACUGGAGCUCCAUGCUUAAGUUUUGACAUUGUUAAAGAUCAAUUAGGUGUCCGUGAGACAUAUCCAAUGAGUUUAUCGCUAGUUUGUGGAACACAGGCAUCAGCAUCGCAUGUCAACAAUGUUAUUGUAAUGAAAAUGUCUAAUUUACACCGAACGUCAAAGGAGAAAGAAGACAGUGACUUGGAAAGUGAUUUAUCUGACGAUGAGGAUGAUGUUGAGGAAACGGAUGAGAAAAAACCACAAAUGAAUUGUGCAUUAAUUAACCAUAUUGGAUGUGUCAAUAGAAUAAGAUCCACAACUAUAGAUAAUCAAUCAUUUGCUGCAAGCUUUAGUGAAACUGGUAAAGUGUUUAUUUUCAACAUAACUGAGCAAUUAAAUGCUGUAAAUGAUCAUGCAGCACUUAAAGUGUAUGAAUGCACUAACCAGAGUGCACUUGUUAAGCCAGUCUUUGUAUUUAGAGGACAUAGAACUGAAGGCUAUGGAAUCGAUUGGUCAUCAACAGAACAUGGAGUUUUAGCAACAGGUGAUUGUAAUAAAGACAUUCACAUUUGGAGACCAGCUGAAUCAUCAUGGAUUGUCAAUCAAGUUCCAUUAGUUGGACAUACAGCAUCCGUUGAGGAUAUACAAUUCAGUCCAAAUGAAGCUAAUGUUAUGGCUACAUGUUCAGCAGAUAAAUCAGUAAGAAUUUGGGAUACUAGAGCAGCACCACAUAAAGCCUGUAUGUUAACAGCUGAUAAUGCUCACGAUAAUGACGUCAAUGUUAUAAGUUGGAAUAAGUCAGAACCAUUUAUAGCAAGUGGAUGUGACGAUGGAAUUUUAAAAGUUUGGGAUCUUCGACAUUUCCAAAAUAAAACACCAAUUGCUACAUUUAAGCAUCACACAGAUCAUAUAACAACUGUCGAAUGGAAUCCACUUGAUUCAACUGUCUUGGCUACUGGCGGUGACGAUGAUCAAAUUGCUAUUUUUGAUCUAUCAAUCGAAAAGGACGAUGGUGCUGAAAAUGAUCCACAACUUAAGGAUGUGCCACCACAACUUCUCUUCAUUCAUCAAGGCCAAAAAGAAAUUAAGGAACUUCAUUGGCAUCCACAAUUGCCUGGUGUUAUUUUGUCGACAGCACUUAGUGGAUUUAAUGUCUUCAAGACCAUCAGUGUUUAAGCUACUUCUAUCGACAUUUGUAAAAAUAUUCCGUGCAAUGCUCGGAAGCUAAUAAAGUUUAUUUCUCAUACCA